GCAUCCUUGGCCGGACAGGCUGAAGUUGUCAAAAUUCUGGUUAAGGAAGGAGCCAAUAUUAAUGCACAGUCUCAGAAUGGUUUCACUCCUUUAUACAUGGCAGCUCAAGAGAACCACAUUGACGUGGUAAAAUAUCUGCUGGAAAAUGGAGCCAACCAGAGCACUGCUACUGAGGAUGGCUUCACCCCGCUAGCUGUUGCACUACAGCAGGGACACAAUCAGGCAGUGGCGAUACUCCUGGAGAAUGACACCAAAGGGAAAGUGAGACUGCCAGCUUUGCACAUCGCUGCCAGGAAAGAUGAUACAAAAUCAGCAGCGCUCCUGCUCCAAAAUGACCACAAUGCUGAUGUUCAGUCCAAGAUGAUGGUGAAUAGAACAACCGAGAGCGGCUUCACACCUUUGCACAUAGCUGCACACUAUGGAAAUGUCAAUGUGGCGACACUUCUGCUCAACCGAGGAGCUGCAGUGGACUUCACAGCCAGGAAUGGAAUCACCCCACUGCAUGUGGCUUCCAAAAGGGGAAACACAAACAUGGUGAAGCUUUUGUUGGAUCGUGGAGGGCAGAUCGAUGCCAAAACCAGGGAUGGACUGACUCCACUCCACUGUGCUGCACGAAGUGGGCAUGACCAGGUUGUAGAGCUCCUCCUGGAACGGGGUGCUCCACUGCUUGCAAGGACCAAAAAUGGACUCUCUCCGCUUCACAUGGCUGCUCAGGGGGACCACGUGGAAUGUGUCAAACAUCUACUGCAGCACAAAGCUCCUGUUGAUGAUGUCACGCUGGAUUACCUGACAGCCCUCCAUGUUGCUGCACACUGUGGCCAUUAUCGUGUCACCAAGCUUCUGCUGGACAAGAGAGCAAAUCCCAACGCUCGAGCCCUGAAUGGUUUUACUCCACUGCACAUUGCCUGCAAGAAAAACCGCAUCAAAGUGAUGGAACUCCUGGUGAAAUAUGGGGCUUCAAUCCAGGCUAUAACAGAGUCUGGCCUCACACCAAUACAUGUGGCUGCAUUUAUGGGCCACUUGAAUAUAGUCCUCCUCCUGCUGCAGAAUGGAUCCUCUCCAGAUGUCACUAACAUUCGUGGGGAGACUGCCCUACACAUGGCGGCACGUGCUGGGCAGGUGGAAGUGGUCCGCUGCCUCUUGAGGAAUGGUGCCCUUGUUGAUGCCCGAGCCAGGGAGGAACAGACUCCACUGCACAUUGCCUCUCGGUUGGGUAAAACAGAGAUUGUCCAACUGCUGCUACAACACAUGGCUCACCCUGACGCCGCAACCACUAAUGGGUACACCCCACUGCACAUCUCUGCCAGAGAGGGGCAAGUUGAUGUAGCAUCAGUUCUCUUGGAGGCAGGUGCUGCACACUCUUUGGCCACCAAGAAGGGAUUCACACCACUGCAUGUGGCAGCCAAAUAUGGAAGCUUGGAUGUGGCAAAACUACUUUUGCAGCGUCGUGCUUCUCCUGAUUCAGCUGGCAAGAAUGGCCUCACCCCACUCCAUGUAGCUGCUCAUUAUGACAACCAGAAGGUGGCUCUACUGUUGCUGGAGAAAGGUGCCUCUCCCCAUGCUACUGCCAAGAAUGGAUACACCCCUCUGCACAUUGCUGCCAAGAAGAAUCAGAUGCAGAUAGCUACCACGCUGCUGAGCUACGGAGCUGAGACCAACAUUCUGACCAAACAGGGAGUGACCCCGCUGCACCUGGCCUCUCAAGAAGGUCAUGCUGACAUGGUUACCUUGCUUCUGGACAAAGGAUCUAAUAUCCAUGUGGCAACUAAGAGUGGAUUGACAUCCUUGCACCUUGCAGCUCAGGAGGAUAAAGUGAACGUAGCUGAUAUACUGACAAAGCAUGGUGCAAACCAAGUUGCCCAGACAAAGCUGGGCUACACUCCUUUAAUUGUGGCUUGUCACUAUGGAAACGUUAAGAUGGUGAAUUUCCUCCUGAAACAGGGAGCCAACGUCAAUGCUAAAACAAAGAAUGGCUACACCCCUCUGCACCAAGCUGCUCAACAGGGUCAUACUCAUAUCAUCAAUGUCCUACUCCAGCAUGGGGCCAAGCCCAAUGCCAUCACUGCUAAUGGUAACACUGCCUUAGCGAUUGCAAGGCGUUUGGGAUACAUCUCAGUGGUUGAUACUCUGAAGGUGGUAACAGAGGAGGUCACCACCACCACAACUACUGUGACUGAGAAACACAAGCUGAAUGUACCUGAGACGAUGACUGAGGUCCUGGAUGUUUCAGAUGAGGAAGGUGAUGACACAAUGACUGGAGAUGGGGGAGAAUACCUCAGGCCAGAGGACUUGAAAGAACUAGGUGAUGACUCUUUGCCCAGCAGUCAGUUCCUAGAUGGUAUGAGCUAUCUGAGGUACAGCUUGGAGGGAGGCCGAUCUGACAGCACUAUGCCCAGCCUGCGGUCCUUCAGUUCAGACAGGUCCCACACGUUGAGCCAUGCCUCCUACCUGAGGGACAGUGCCAUGAUUGAUGAUACAGUCAUAAUCCCCAGCCACCAGGUAUCAACUCUGGCCAAGGAAGCUGAAAGGAAUUCGUAUCGCUUAAGCUGGGGCACUGAAAACUUGGACAAUGUGGCGCUUUCUUCAAGCCCUAUUCAUUCAGGCCGCUCCUCUCCAUGCCUUGAUCAUGACAACAGCAGCUUCCUGGUUAGCUUCAUGGUGGAUGCCCGUGGUGGUGCUAUGCGAGGUUGCAGACACAACGGGUUAAGGAUCAUUAUUCCGCCUCGGAAAUGCACUGCCCCAACACGAGUAACCUGCCGGUUGGUCAAACGCCAUAGACUGGCCACCAUGCCACCGAUGGUGGAAGGAGAAGGUCUGGCCAGCCGUCUGAUUGAAGUUGGACCUUCUGGUGCUCAGUUUCUUGGUAAACUUCAUCUGCCUACGGCUCCUCCCCCACUUAAUGAGGGAGAAAGCUUGGUCAGCCGAAUCCUUCAGCUGGGGCCUCCUGGGACCAAAUUUCUUGGGCCUGUGAUCGUGGAGAUCCCCCAUUUUGCAGCUCUGCGUGGGAAAGAGAGAGAGCUGGUAAUCCUGCGCAGUGAGAAUGGGGACAGCUGGAAGGAGCAUUUCUGUGAAUAUACCGAGGAUGAACUGAAUGAAAUCCUCAAUGGAAUGGAUGAAGUACUUGAUACUCCGGAGGAGCUUGAGAAGAAGCGUAUCUGCCGUAUCAUCACCAGGGAUUUCCCACAGUAUUUUGCAGUGGUGUCCCGGAUCAAACAGGACAGCAACCUCAUUGGACCUGAGGGAGGUGUGCUUAGCAGCACUGUGGUACCACAAGUGCAGGCAGUCUUUCCAGAGGGAGCGCUAACCAAGCGAAUUCGUGUCGGCCUCCAGGCCCAACCUAUGCACAAUGAACUUAUAAGGAAGAUUUUAGGGAACAAGGCAACCUUCAGCCCUAUAGUCACCCUGGAGCCAAGAAGGAGGAAAUUCCACAAGCCAAUCACAAUGACUAUUCCUGUCCCCAAAGCCUCCAGUGAUGGGAUGAUGAAUGGUUAUGGGGGAGAAACACCCACUUUAAGAUUACUAUGCAGCAUAACAGGUGGAACUACCCCUGCUCAAUGGGAAGAUAUUACAGGAACAACACCAUUAACAUUUGUCAAUGAAUGUGUUUCCUUCACAACAAACGUAUCUGCCAGGUUUUGGCUGGUAGACUGUCGGCAGAUACAGGAAUCUGUUACUUUUGCCUCCCAAGUGUACAGAGAGAUUAUCUGUGUGCCCUACAUGGCCAAAUUUGUUGUAUUUGCCAAAUCACAUGAUCCCAUAGAAGCUCGAUUAAGGUGCUUCUGCAUGACAGAUGACAAGGUGGAUAAAACGCUAGAACAACAAGAAAACUUUGCAGAAGUUGCCAGAAGCAGGGAUGUAGAGGUAUUAGAAGGAAAGCCUAUCUACGUUGACUGCUUUGGCAAUCUGGUACCACUAACAAAAAGUGGGCAACAUCAUAUAUUCAGUUUUUAUGCCUUCAAAGAAAAUAGACUUCCACUGUUCGUCAAGGUACGAGACUCCACUCAAGAACCUUGUGGGCGACUAUCAUUUAUGAAGGAGCCAAAAUCUACUAGAGGGCUAGUUCAUCAAGCCAUCUGCAACUUAAAUAUCACAUUGCCACUUUACACAAAGGAAUCGGAAUCAGACCAAGAGCAGGAAGAAGAGGUUGACAUGACCUCAGAAAAAAAUGAUGACGAGACAGAAUCUACAGAAACAUCUAUCCUGAAAAGCCACCUGGUUAAUGAAGUCCCAGUACUAGCCAGUCCAGACUUGCUGUCUGAAGUUUCUGAGAUGAAACAAGAUUUGAUCAAAAUGACUGCCAUCUUGACAACUGAACCUUCUGAUCAGUCAGGUUCCAUUAAGGUGAAAGAUCUUGGGAAAGCCACUGAAGAAGAGCCAGGAGAGCCUUUUGAAAUUGUGGAAAGAGUGAAAGAGGACUUAGAGAAAGUAAAUGAAAUUCUCAGACAUGGAACCUACGCAAGAGAAGACCAUAUACUGUCGAGGUCCCAUUCUGGACGAGAGUUAGUGGAAGAGGAAUGGGUUAUUGUCAGUGAUGAAGAAAUUGAAGAGGCCAGACAAAAUGCUCCUUUAGAAGCCAUUGAACCUGCUUGUAUAGAACUUAGGAUAGGAGAAGGAACAACAGAGAUAAGAAAGAAAGACAUGACAGGAAUGGUAGACUAUCUUACCGAGGAUUUAAAAACCUAUUUUUCUCUUCAUGAGGUACAGCCACAAAUAUUCCAAGAAGAUUUAGUAGGAGAGAGAUUUGAAGCUGUAGUUAUAAGCAGGGGUUCUGAAAAAGGAGGACAGGGCUCUCCAACAGCUGAAACUCAAGGUACACAGGAACAACACAAACCAGCCCUGGAAAUUAAAAAACCAAUUAGGAGGAAAUUGAAAGAUAAACAAAGGCAAAAGGAAGGAGAGGGAGAGACACAAAGCAGUGAAGAACCGUCAGGACUAACAAAGUUCAGUUCUGAGGAGUCAUUAGAUGAUGAGCCAGGUUUAACACCUGCAGCUGUUCCUAAUGUUAGCGCUGUAUCCCCUGUAAUAGAAGAAACACCUAUUGGCUCCAUAAAAGACAAAGUAAAAGCUCUUCAGAAGCGAGUGGAAGAUGAACAGAAAGUACGUUCAAAACUGCCUGUCAGAAUCCAACCAAAAGAAAUCACUACUGAGAGGCCUGUUACAAGGCCAGUGCAAGCUAAAAAAAUAGUGCACAAAGCACAGCCACCUGUUUCACCCUCAGCUAAAACAGAAAGACUUGAAGAGACUAUGUCAGUCCGGGAACUGAUGAAAGCCUUCCAGUCAGGACAAGAUCCAUCCAAGAAUAAAUCUGGACUGUUUGAGCACAAAGCUAUCAAACAAAAGCAGCAGCUCUCUGACAAAGAACCAACUCAGAGAGAAGCAGUUUAUUUAGAACGUGAAAUAGAAGAGGUACCACCACCUAGGAGAACAAACAAAAAAGGUAGCCCGCCAGCCAAACAAACCAGAGUCCUUAAGAUAGAUAAAGAUUCCCCAUCAAAAAAAGGAUCAAAAGCUUCUUUUGAUUACCCUAAAGAAGAACCUGUAGAUAGAGACCAGGUAAAAGAACAGAGCUAUAAAAGAACUGAACCUUUCUCUCCAGUAUUUGAUGAAGAAAGUUCCAAGGAGGCAGCAAUUGUGAAGGAAAGUACAGCUGAAGAUGACCAAGGAGACACUGAUUUCCAGAUCAGCCCGGACAGAAAAACCUCAACUGACUUUUCUGAUGUCAUUAAAGAAGAGCUUGAGAAUAAUGACAAGUACCAGCAGUUCCGACAUCUUUCAAUCACUGAGGAGGGAGAACUUCACUUAGAGCAAGUACUGACCAGUCCUUUCAGUGUUACCUCCCCAUCAGAGUAUGUGAAAGAUGGCUUCCUACCUGCUCUCUCCUUACAAAGUGGUGCUUUUGAUGGUAGCUCAGAAAGCCUUAAACAUGAAGGUGUAGCAGAUUCUCCUGGUAGCCUACUUGAGGGAACCCCUCAGAUCAGCUCCGAGGAAAGUUAUAAGCAUGAGGGUCUGGCAGAGACUCCAGAAACAAGCCCUGAAAGUCUGUCUUUCUCACCAAAGAAAACUGAUGAGGAAAUUGGAGAAACAAAAGAAUCCACUACGGUGCAUAGAGUAGUGGAGACAUGUUCGCCAAAGGAACUCUCGCCAAUGAAAGGUGAAAGAGAUAUUGCUGCAGAACAGCUAACUGCAGAUACUGAAGCUAUCAAAUCUCCUUCUGAUCAUUUAUCAGAACAGGUACCUUCAGCCCCUGAGAAAGGGGCAGGCAAACUUACAGAUAGUAGCUCAGCUUCCAUUAUGAAAGAUGUUAGCAGUGCAAAAGAAUCCAAAAUCACUGAACACACACAUGUAACUAAAUCUUCUGAAAUGUAUGACAGCUGUCUAGAGAAAGAUAUGACAGGUGAACAUCAUGUUGUUGUUAGAAGUCCCCAAGGGUUGGAACUUUCCCUUCCUAGUCAUCACAGUGAAAGCGUUAGUCCAGUGGCAGAUGAAUCCCUGGCUAUAAGUCAUAAAGACUCAUUGGAAGCAAGCCCAGUGCUGGAAGAUAACUCAUCACACAAAACACCCGAUUCCCUGGAGCCUAGCCCUAUGAAAGAGUCGCCAUGCCGUGAUUCACUUGAAAGCAGCCCUAUAGAACAAAAAACAAAGGCUGACAUUCUUACAGGACAGGUUCCCCUUCAGUUUUUCCCUACCAGAGCAGAAAUGUUCCCAGAGCUGGCAUCUAUGCGUUCCAGAAUUCUCCGUGACCCUGAUGGAAGUGCUGAAGAUGACAGUUUAGAACAAACAUCCCUCAUGGAGAGUUCUGGGAAAAGUCCUCUUUCACCUGACACUCCAAGCUCGGAAGAAAUUAGCUAUGAAAUUACACCCAAAACUGCAGACUUGCAGGCACUGUCAAAUAUAUCUAAGUCAGCCACAAUCCCUGAAGUCAGUGAAGAACCAGAGGAUGAUUCCGAAAGUGAACCAAAGAAGAGGCUCACUCCGGAAGAGGAGAUGUUUAAAAUGGUGACCAAAAUCAAAAUGUUUGAUGAAUUGGAACAAGAAGCAAAACAGAAAAGAGAGUACAUAAAGGAUAAAAAGCAAGAGGAAUCUUCAAUUCCUGAUUCAGGUGUUACAUGUGAAAAUGAAGUACCAGAGCCAACACCCACUGAAGAAAAACAUAUACCUACAGUAGUGAUGUCUUCUGCGGACACUAGAAAAAGUUCUUCCUCUUCUGAAAGUGAGCCAGAAUUGACUCAGUUGAAAAAAGAAGCUGACUCAGGCCUCUUAAUGGAGCCUGUAAUUCGAGUGCAACCUCCUUCACCACGUCUAUCUGUUGUAGACUCCAGUUCCAGCCCUGAAGAAGCAGGAUUUCAACCUAUUGACCCCAAACAACAUGUUUUCAGGAUGGAGUAUAAAUCAGAAUCAGAUAAGCCAACAAAGGGAGACAAAGAGGAACCGUCUGAGUUUGGUGAUAGCUAUAAAGCUUCUGCUGAAGAAUCAAACAUUUUUCACUCUGAUGCUGGUAUCAUAGCAGAAACUGAUGAAUCAAAGUGUUGUUACAGUACAGAUGAAAGUGAAACAAUUAGCCCUAAUGGCCCAGUGAUCCAACUUGAUGAUGGUUUCUAUCAUGCAGUUGGUGACGAUGCUCAAAAAGAAGUUUGGGUUCAUCAGCCGUUUCCAGCACUACAGCAACACCAUGCUUCUCAGAAACAGACUGAUGCAGCAGGAAAGUUAAAACAUGAAGACCUCAGUGCUUCAGGGGAUGCGUCUGGGAAAGUAUAUGGUCCCUUUGGACAUGAUACUUUUCAUAGUUCUGCAUCACAAGAUGAUGCAUUGGCUGAAGAUGUUUCCCCUGCACGCUCUACUUUGGGAAGUAGUUUGACAAAAUCGGACAAAGAGUUUGAGACAUGCCAAAGUGUUUCUCAUAGUGAGGAUCCUUCCACAGAAUAUUCAUCCCUUAUCACUAAAAAGGAUGAAUUUGAAGGCUAUCCAGCAGAUACUGAUGAAAGUGGUGCUCCACGUAUAACAAGCCCAUAUGAAAAUGUCCCUUCUGAACAUUUUUUCACUAUCUGUGAAAGUGGGAUAGAAACUGAUACAAGGCACAUGACAAGUGCAUCAUCCAGAGAUGCUCAUUCUGUUGCAGUAGAAACAACGAUUGAGGAAACAUUAGUGGCAGAUUCCCUUAGCAUACAUGCUCCUUCAGGUGAAGAUCAAACUUCAGAAGAGAUGUCUAUGGAAAUAGAGUCAAAACAGAAAAUAUCAACUUCGGUGCCUUCAACAGCAGACCCCACAGCAUUAGAUCAAACUGCCCUUCAGUAUAUAAAAAAUGAAGCUGAAAAACUGAUCAGCCAAGUGGUCAUCACCAAAACAGAUGUGGAUUCUGACAGGUGGAGUGAAAUACGUGAAGACGAUGAAGCUUUUGAGGCUCGGGUGAAAGAGGAGGAGCAAAAGAUUUUUGGUUUAAUGGUGGACAGGCGGUCACAGGGUACAACGCCUGAUACCACACCAGCCAGGACACCCACAGAAGAAGGGACACCAACUAGUGAACAAAACCCUUUUCUCUUCCAGGAAGGAAAGUUGUUUGAAAUGACUCGAAGUGGAGCCAUUGACAUGACCAAAAGGAACUAUGCAGAUGAAAGCUUUCACUUUUUCCAAGUGGGGCAGCAGUCUCAAGAAGAAGUUUCUUUAUCUGAAGAAAUAAAAGAGGCCGCAGAGAUGGAAUCUCUUAAACUAGAGAGAUCACCAGCUCCAUUUGCACCUUCAGAAUCAGAUGAAACUGAUAUACAGGGAAAAGAUGCACUUACAAUAGCAUCACCAGUAUCUGAGCCUCCUGAUAAAUCAGAGGAAAUGACUAGCACAGGUGUCAGUGUGGGCACUACAAAAGCUGAACUUAAAUCUAGAAUUCCCAUUAAAAUGGGUAUUUCAGUUUCUUCAAAAUCACCAAAGAAAGAGACUGCUGCCUCUGAAGCUUCUGAAGUAGAUCCCUUCUCCAAGGUGGAAACUGAUGAUGCAUUUGACAGCAGUCAGGUGCCUUGCCCUAUCUCUCCAGAGCAGUCUGUGAUAGAUGUACAGUUAGAGUUUUCCACAGUCACUCGGUCUGUGUAUUCUGAACAGGAUGAUGAGUCUCCAGACUCUUCACCAGAGGAACAGAGAUCCGUGAUUGAAAUCCCUACUGCUGUUCUUGAGAGCAGUGUGCCUUCUUCUGAAAGCAAAUCCAAAAUUCCUGUCAGAACAACUCCUGCUGCACUGCAGUCAUUGCAACAAUCAGAAUAUGAGAUGCUGCCCUCAGAUGGCUUUCUGGACAGCUUGCAAGAUGAAAUAAAGGAUGACCAAACAAAACCAAAGUCUAAAAUUCCUGUCAAAGCAGCUUUCCAAAGAGCUGAGCAACAGUGUGCAUAUACAGAAACAUCUGUCCAGAAGCCACAGUCAACCAAAGCUCUUGACAUGACAUGCAAACUGUCUAUGAAACAAGACAAUCGAAGCAAAUCUGAAUCUGAUGCAAGUAUUCCUAUGAGUCUAAAGACUAGGCAUUCAAUAAAAGCUAGGAGUUAUGCUGAGGUUGAAGCAGAGACCAGAGAGAGGUUGGAUGAGAUGAAGCUUGAGCUAGAAUCAGAUGCUGUGACAACAGCAAGAUCAAAGAUAUUUUCAUCAAGACUGCCAGUUAAAAGCAGAAGCACCACAGCUUCCCACAGUACUGUUAGUCCUACAAAAGAACAUAAGGACUCCUUUUUUGACCUUUACAAAAACUCCAUAGAGUUCUUUGAAGAGAUUAGUGAUGAAGCUUCCAAGUUAGUGGAUAGACUUACCCAGUCAGAAAGAGAACAAGAAUUAAUUUCAGAUGAUGAAAGUAGUAGUGCCCUAGAAGUUUCUGUUAUUGAAAAUGUGCCAUCCACUGAGACUCAGCAUUCAUUUCCUGAAGACAUCUUUGACACCAGGCCCAUUUGGGACGAGUCCAUUGAGACUCAGAUUGAGCGUAUUCCUGAUGAAAAUGCCCAUGACCAUGCUGAAGAUCAACAGGAUGAUCAAGGAAGAACAGAGGAAAGACUGGCACACAUUGCUGAUCAUCUUGGAUUCAGCUGGACAGAAUUAGCAAGAGAACUGGAUUUCACAGAAGAGCAAAUUCACCAGAUCCGAAUUGAAAAUCCAAAUUCACUGCAGGACCAGAGCCAUGCACUUCUGAAAUACUGGCUUGAAAGAGAUGGGAAACAUGCUACAGAUACAAGUCUUACCCAGUGUCUAACAAAAAUCAACCGAAUGGAUAUUGUUCAUCUAAUGGAGACCAGCCACAUGGACUCUGUGCAGGGCCAUGGCGCUCGUACCUAUGCAGAAAUUGAACAAACAAUAGGACUGGAUCAUAGUGAAGGAUUUUCUGCACUGCAGGAGGAACUGUACAGUCCAGGACACAAGAAGGAAGAGGAGCAUUAUGAAGAGAGUGAGCCGUUUGAUCACCCUCCCAUUGUCUCUGAGGAAGACACUUCUGUCAGUUAUGCUUCCUUUCAGGAGGGCGCUCCCAGGACUGAGACAGACAUACCGGUUUCAGAGCUCCUGCGACAAGCACACAAAGAGCGAGUGCAAGCUGAGUUCUGUGGGAAACCACAGGAUCUGCCAGAAGAUUCAUCAGCUGCACAACAGGAGUACUUUGUCACAACUCCAGAAACAGAAGAAUCCAUAGCACCAAAGGCUGAAAAAUCAGCAGGCUUUGCAAAGGAAAAAUCUAAAGGCUUCACCACAGCUUCUGAAGAGCAUGCAGGGCCAUAUGUUCAGACUCCAUCGUCCAGUGAGCGAGGUGACUCUCCCAUUGCACAAGAACUUGAGGACCUCCAGCUCUCCCAAGAAGAACUUUCCCCAAGGAGAACUAGUCUGGUUAUAGUGGAGUCAACUGAUGAACAGCCAGCAAAGUUUGAAAGACAUUAUGACGAUGAAUCUUUUGAAAAGGAGCUAGCAGAGGAAUUAGGUGAGCUAGAGACCAGCUCAGAUGAAGAAGAAACGGUAACUACCAGGGUCAUUCGCCGCCGGGUGAUUAUUCAGGCCGACGAUAUGCCAGAAAUACCACCGGAAACGAUAACAGAGGAGCAGUACACAGAUGAACAUGGCCACAUUGUGGUGAAGAAGGUCACCAGAAAGAUUAUCAGGCGACAUAUUUCACCAGAUGGCACAGAAAAAGAGGAAGUCCUAAUGCACGGAGCACCACAAGAACCUGUUAUGAUUGAAGAAGGAGAUGGGUAUUCUAAAGUCGUAAAGCGGGUUGUGCUGAGGAGUGACAUUGAACAGUCUGAGGUGACAUUCUCUGAACCCAGUGUUCUGACGGGUGCCUCAGAAUUUCAGGCUGAACCAGUGGAAGGCCGGAAGGUCAGUAAAGUUGUAAAGACCACAGUGGUACAAGGAGAGAGAAUGGAGAAGCACCUGGGUGAUGCUAGUUUAGCCACUGAUCUUCCAUCAGCCAAAGAAGACUUUGAAGAGGCUUUGAGUUUUACAUGUAACCAAAUGAAAGUCCAACUCCCAACUUUAGUAGAGAAAGAGAUCAUAAAAGAGGAUGGAUCAAUUAUUAAAAGGACAACAAUGAAUAAAUCCAGCUCACAGAAGAGGACUGUGGUGACGGACCAGUAUGGAAAACAUGUUCUUGUGGAACAGCUGGAGAAUAGACCAGAAGCACGGGAUGACUUCCAGCAUGACCUCCAGCAACUUCUUAGACAUUUUUGCAAAGAGGACUGGAAACAAGAGGCCAAAUGAGAAGCUACCACAUCUCACUACCCCCACCACCUAUCCAAUAUGCAGCAUUCACUCUCGUCUAUAGAUAUAAACUUCAUAAUUUACGUAAUCUCUGGAAGUCACUGACAUUUCUUCUUAAGGCACCUACAAUGAAUUCAAUUUUCCUUUCUUUUCUUUUUGUACCUGUAAGCUAAUUUGUGACCAAAGAUAGCAUCCUUCAUUCAGGAUGGUUUAUCCACUAAGUCAUCACCUUUGUGCUGUAUUGGGAACUUGUGAACUUUGCCACGUUGCUGUUCCAUUGCUUCUGCACUAGCUCCAAUCUCAUCCACAGGCCUCUUAUGUACAUGCAUCAUAAAAAAGGCUAUUAACAUGUAAACUGUACAUAGCUAAAGUGCUUGGACUUAAAGACCUCAAAAAAAGAAAAAACCCUGCCCAUUAUGACUACUUUUAGCAUCGUGGAUUACAAGGUCUAUUGAAACGGCUGAACAGCAAGUAACAACAAAUAUUGCUAACACAAGAUACUCUGAGGAGGAAGCACUGCAUACCUUUUGCAUCCUUAGGACUUCCAGUUUAGUGAUCUCUUAGGAAAAGGCUCUACGAGUCAGUCUGAUAACCUUGAAACACAACUGUUCCCAUGGCAUUACAGCUGACUGUGGCUAUCAAUACUACUAAGAUUCUUGGACAGCCACUUAAAGAAGCAAAUAAUACCCAAUUAGGUAAUCAACUUGCUAGCAGCUAUAUCUAUGGCAUAUUUGUAUCUGGUAUUAAAAUCUUUUAGAUCUGGACAGGUGGCAGGGUGUAUUAAACAGCUAUAACUACAGUAGUUUUCUGUUUUCAUCACUGCUUUAGCAAACCACAUUGUCUUAUUGGUGGUACUUCCUGCUGGCCACUGCACUGUAGAUAAUUCUAUGGGAGAAAAGACUUACCUACUAUACAAAAAAAAAAAAAAAAAGCUUAGACUCAUUCACCAUGUUUUAUCAAGAUUGCCUCUUAUCUGAUACAUGCAUGUGGCAUUUAAAAAUCAAAUCCUCUUGUAAUCAUGUCAGAGGCUUGUUAACCCUCUUAGCACUGAGCGAGCAGUUUUUAUCUUCCAAUUAACUUUUUCUUUAAAAAAAAAGUCACUGACUAGGGCAUAAAAAUGCUUGAAACCUUCAAUUUUGUUAAUAUUUGAUUUCUAUUUCUAAACUGACCCUCUCAGAAUUAUAACAGCAUCCCUGCACUUUUAUUUUGAAAGAAGGGAAUAUAAAAAUCGGAAAUAUUUUUUGUCCUAUACUUUAUUCUACUAGUGGUUGGAUCGCUGUAGCAUUUUAACAUAUAUAAUAUAUAAACACACACAUAAAUGUACAUUUUGAAUCAAUUAUUUGAUAAAGAAAAAGUAUAUUCAGAGAAGAUGAAAAUGAGUCAAGUCCACCUCGGGUUGAUAUUUUUUCAAACGUAUCUGGCCUUUUACUCUUGUAGAAAAAUGAAUCACUCAGUGCUCAGAACAUUUUAAAAAAAAUACUACCCACCCAUCAAACAAUGAUACUUCCUCAUUAGAGGGAAAACAUCUUGGGAGAUUUGGCUUCCUGCAAGCAAAGCAACCCAAGGCACCGUACUAAUGUUUUUUUUUUUGGCAGUCAGAUGGGAAACAAGAAUUGUUGGUAGCCAAAAUAAAAGAAAACAAGGAUGAAACAUUUCAAGACACACCAUGGCUUUCUAAUUGUCAAGGACAGCACUGGAUGACCUUCAAGAACAGGGCUGUAAAGAAAUGCAUUUCUGUUGUGUUAUUUGCGGUGCAGAUGAUGUUCUGUGUAACAACAUAAUGGUUAUUCACCUUUUGAUUUUUUUGCUGUGUUAUCAAAGAACUUGAAUACUGUGAGAAGAAGUGAUUUUUAAGUUAAUGAAUCAGCAUCUUGUUCCCAUGGUGAUAACACUAAUUGAAUAUAUCUAUGAGGGCAUGUAUUAGUUAAAUAAACCUACAGCACUAACAAUACAUAGCUGCAAUGUGUACAAUGGCUGAUUUAAUUAAAUAAAAUAUACAAGUGUUAAAUGUA